CGACACGGUCACUUUCCUCAACUUUGGUACAAUUCGGUUUUUUUUCAUCACCGUCCUUGCAUGGGGCAGCAGGGACAUCUGCCACGCCGUCGCCAGUACCCACUGCCGUAUCAGUCGAAGAAGCUUCGGAACGCUGACAGGACGUAUCGCCUUGAUUCUCGCAGGUAAUCUUUUGCUCUUGAGCCCCAACACACCCGCAGCCACACCACACGCAGAGCACACACACAAACAACACGUAGCGCCUCAUCAUCGCCGUCACCACUGCUCCUACACAGAGAAAAAGAGAGCAGAGAGAAACUGA